CGAGACAAUGAGAGAAAAACGGGAAUUUAAAUUGAACCCGGUAGUAGUAAAACAGUUUAUGAAGUUUUUUAUUUGUCAAGAUCGUCUUAAAAACUAACUUUUUUACAUCCAAAAGUUAGGUUGUGGCAAAGUUUAUCAAAUUCUUGAUAACUGGGAUUUUAACUUAUAUAAAUGAGAUUCGGCAUAGUUUUGGAUUUUAUUACAGCUUAAUUCUUUUUUAACAAACUCGGAAUGAAUAUAUGUUCAAAAAGUUUUCAUUCGCUUACCGUUAUUGUGUUUAUUUGUAUUUCGUGUUGUUUCAAAAGUCAAAAAGCUAUUGACUCCGCAGAACAGAUUUUCGAGGCUUGUUACGGAAUCACAGUUGACGAUUUCUUGGAGCCUAGCUGUAACACCAGCGAAGUUCUCUACAUCCGGGAUGUUUUUACUUUUGCAAAAUUGCAAUCCCACGCAUGCCCACAAGAAUCAACAACAAUCAAUCGUAAUGACUCGUUCUGUUGUCGCUAUAACAACCAAUCAACGGAUUGUGGAUGGCGUUACUAUGGAGAUUCCUAUAAAGGAGUGCAUUACACGAACUGUGUCGGUCGGCUGACGUGUAAGAUCCAGGUAGCAUGGAACGGAACAGAACAAAACUGCAACCAGAGUGUUUUCAUGACGAAAACAAACUACAUGCGGCAGCAUUACCACUGCAUAAAGAAGUCAUCGAUAUCAAAUAUUUGCACUUCGACUAUAAAUAACGGAAAUCAACUAUACAUUUGGAAUAACGGAUAUCCUGCCAAAAGUGGCGACUGCGCAACUUCCUCUGGCUGCGUGUGCUCUGUUUCCGCUUCCAAAAGUUCUGCUAUUAAGAUAGAGCUUUUAGACUUACGUCUUCACAAGGACAUCAGUGGUACCUGUUACCAAAGGCUUGUUAUUAAUGAGGGAGGAUUAGAAACCUCAAUUGAUUGUGGUAAAAACAAUGAAUUUUCCCUGACAACUAUUUAUACCAGCCAAUCAGAUUCGCUAAGUAUAAGAUACGAUAAUACAUUUGCCGGAAUCGAAGGAAACUUCUGGAUUUCACUGCAAGCGGUAGAUAGUACCUCUGAUCUGACACUGACCUGUGGAAAUGCAUCCUCUGUGUAUUCGUGUGGAGAGUCCCUCCCAACAUCCACGACGACAUCAACAACUGUACACUCCCCAAAUAGUACUGAAGUCUUUACUGGAAGUACUAUAUUGUCUUCUAUAAAUGGUCCAACAUCAGCUUCGACAUCGAGCGUGUCAUCUUCUACGACGUCAAACGUGCCAUCUGAUUUUUCCCCGCAAGUGGACCAAUCAAAAGCUGAUGAAUCUUCUGAUAAAACUGCACUUAUUGCCGGGCUGACAGCCGGGGCGCUUCUCUUCGCUGCACUUGUCACGGUGGCUGGGGCCCUAAGGCACAGAUUCAAAAAGAACAAAGUCAGUAUCGACGACGAAUAUGAAGAACAUUUUGGAAACUUGAAGGAUGCCAAGAAUAUUGCACCCAUAGGAUACACACAACUUAAUUAGCCAUUAAGUUCGAGAGAACCGACGAAAUUAUGAAAUACGAUACCAGUUAAAAGUCCUUGUCUUUCAUGUUGAAUAGUUCAGUAUUGAUUGGGAUAAUAUUACCAUUGUGUGAUUGUAUUACUUUAAACAAUUGAGUUUUUUUUUCUGAAAUCUUUUUACCAUUGUGUAUUGCCAUACUACCUCUCAAAUAACUCCAAGAUAUUGAAGUUCUUUACACGUGUGUCCUUUACUUUUUCACAAGAUGCUCUGACAAUAUUUGGUUUCAAAUAUUUUUUUAAAAGUUUCCUGUGAAUAUCUUUCAUAACUUCACUGCUACAAAUAUGAUACUUGAUUUGCACUUUUUACAAGAAUUUUGUAUCUUCAUUCUUUUUUAGGUCAUACGAAUUCAUAAUUGCUAUCUGUUGUCAUCCGUUUUUGUGCGUUAAGAUUUUCAGCUUCUUCUCUUUCUUCAACCGCUCAGCCAGUUUUGGCAAACAGAAUCUUGAUCUGGAUAAAGGAGAAAAAAUUGUGAAUUUUAUGCCCCCCCCCCUGUAUGGAAAAGGGCUGUGGUGUGGCACCAAAACAUCUAAAAUUAAUGCAAUCUUUACUCUCUCCUCCUGAUCCUUGACAUCAAACAUUCUGAUUGCUUGAUUGUAAUAAGAAUUGAGUCCUGAAUUUCGUGGACACAGGGUCAGAGGUUCUAGUAACAUUACGAGGCUAUAUAGAUUAUAAAGACGUUACAAGUAUUUCUUUAAAAAUCUUCUCUGCUUCUGGGUAUUAGACAAACAUAUGGCCAAUUGGCCAUAAUGAGAAAAGGCCUUUCUACAAAUGGAUGUGAUUUCAGUGGCCCAUGGAGCAUGUGUUUUGGUCGUAGGGUAAAAAUGAUGAAAAUGCAUAAAUUUUUUUGAAAUCUUCUUCUCGGUCUCUGGUAUUAAACAAACUAGCGACAUACAUGUACCCAGUUAUAAUGAACAAUAGUGCCUCUUCUAAAAUUUUGAAAUUUCAGGGCCACAGGAUCAGGUUUCUGAUGUUAGGACGGGGAUAUAUAGAUUAUAUAGUGAGAAUGCAUAUAUUCAUUGAAAAUGAGGGGUGCUUCUUCCAAAAUUGUUAAUUGUAUGGUUUCAGGAUUAGGGAUUCUGGUGUAAGAAUUAAUGGGCUAUAUAAAUAAUAUAAUUAAAAUGCAUUACUUGUUUCAAAAUCUUCUCCCCUGCUCCCGAGUGAUAACUACCCGUAGAUGAACUACAGGUAGCUAUAAUGAAUUGUGAAUUUCAAGGCCUCCAGGUCAGUAGUACCAUAGAGACUCUCAUGAAAUAUAGAAAAUCAAUUAUUUUAUGCUUGGAAAUGUCUCUCUCGGUUUUAUUCAGACAUUUUUGUUGAACAAGGGUGCCAUUAAAAAAAAUGUGAAAUUUGUGAAACCGGUCAGGGUCUGGGCCUUUGGUUCCUGUUUGGUAGGGCCCCACUAAUUAUUAUAUAUAGUACUGAUUAUAGUUGAAAUGCAUUUUUUUCUUCUCUGCCUAUGGGUAUUAUGUAAGCAAAGUGAACAUGCUAAGUGCAUAGUUGUUAUGAAAAAAUGAUUCCUCUUUUAAAAUAUUGAAUGUAAAUGGCCUGAAACAAAUUUUUAAAUUCAAAUGUUGAUGUGACCUACAAGACCCGUGAGUCUCUUGCUUUUAUUCGUUUCUUGUAUCUUGCUCAUAACAAACAAAGCUGUGAUUUUCUAUUAAAUUUUAUUGUCAUUGUACAAAAACAUUGAGUGAUGAAUUUCCUUUUUUGCAGAUUUGUAUACUAUAUAAUCAAGUGCCAAAUUUAUUGAUGUCAGUAUAAAUGUCUGUAUACAAUGACAGUCAAAUAUUUUAUGUAUUACAAAUGCACUUAAUGUCUGUACAUUCAUGAUGAAAAAAAA